AUGAGAAAGCAACAGAAUGUAAGAUCCACGCAAAUGGAAUAUGUGGUGGGCACCAGUGAUUUCCAUGAACGUCAGGAUACCUUCCGCAAGAACCAGAUGCAGUCAGCAGCACCCCAGCCAACACCAAUGCCCGGGGAAGCCGCAGUGAGCUGGAGGCACCAGAGUAAUGGAGGGGAAAGUUCCAGUCGCAGCGCUGAGAAGCAAUCAGCUGAAGAAGAAGCUGCAGACCUCCCAACAAAGCCUACAAAGAUCUCCAAGUUCGGAUUUGCCAUAGGUAGUCAGACGACAAAGAAAGCCUCAGCCAUAUCCAUCAAACUUGGAUCAAGUAAGCCUAAAGAAACUGUUCCAACUCUUGCUCGAAAAACCCUGUCAGUAGCAGCAGCUUUUAAUGAAGAUGAAGACAGUGAACCAGAGGAAAUGCCUCCAGAAGCAAAGAUGAGGAUGAAGAAUAUUGGAAGGGAUACACCAACAUCAGCAGGACCAAACUCCUUCAGUAGAGGAAAGCAUGGUUUUUCUGAUAACCAGAAGCUAUGGGAGCGAAAUAUAAAAUCUCAUCUUGGAAAUGUCCAUGACCAAGACAAUUAAAUGAUGUGUUUUGAAAUUGGGGUGUGGGGUGGGUGUAAAGUUAAAAGGAACAGUUUCCUUUUUUAAAGAAUGGUAUAAGACUAUCUUUGGAGCCGCUUUUUUUUUUUUUUUAAAGAUUGAGUGGUACACUAAUAAAUGAGAGUUUGAAAUUA